CUCCUUUAAUUGGGCGUAAAUUUAAAAUGUUUUUAGCAUAUAUAUUAUUAAAGAGUUUUGUGUAUCCAUUCAAUAGAAUCCCUUGACUAAACGUAAUAUAUUUAUAUAGCAGGAAAGUGUUAAGUUUAACUAAAUAAAAGAAAACAUGCUUUAAUAUACAGAAGUGGGAACGUAAUAGAAAACAUAGAAAAUUUAUUCCAAUUUCAUCUUGAAGGAACUACUUUUUUCUUUGGUCAGUUAUUAAGUUGAAAGUAUUGCAAAGUUUUAUUAAAAAGAAACGGAUAUGGAAAACGACCUGGAAAACUCGUCCUCGGUAUUGAACAAGGAGUUCAUACAAACGGCAUGCGAACACAAUAAUCUUUGUAUGAAACCAGAAGACUAUUUUGACUACAUGUUGAAAGAUAUUACAGACCCAGCGCCUGAAGAGUGGGUUCUUAUAUCGCUUUACAUUGUUGUUUUUGUCAUAGGAUUUACCGGGAACAUGCUCGUGUGUUAUGUUAUCUCCCAAAUGAUGUGCAUGCAAACUGUGACAAACUUGUUUUUGCUGAACUUGUCAAUAGCAGACAUAUUCAUUCUCCUGAUAAGUCUGCCUACAACGCUGCUGAUAGACGUCACUGAUACAUGGUUCUUUGGGACAGUUUUGUGUAAAAUAAACCAGUUUUUAAACACGACAUCCAUCGCGGUGUCUGUGCUCACUUUGACAGCAAUCUCUGUGGAACGCUGGUACGCCAUUUGUCACCCUCUCCGUUUUCAUAGCACCGUUCGGAGAGCAAGGGUGAUCAUUCUUGUCAUCUGGUUGCUGUCCUCGUGCGUUGCAUUGCCCGAAACAAUCGCUGCGGAGGAAGUUCGGCAGUGGAACGAAUCUGUAUUGUUUGCCUCGUGCUAUCCUGUGAGAUUAGGCCUCACUGGAUUAAUGAUUUGGCAAAUAUGUUUGAUCAUCGGGUUGUACGUCUUGCCGAUCUGCCUGAUGGGAUUCACAUACACCCAUAUUGCAUACGUACUCUACACAUGCGGGAUACCCGGAGAACCAACAACACAAAGACCAAUGUUAGGCAGUUCUUCAAGCGAAAAUGAGGAUCAGUUAGAUGCAAGGAAAAAGGCCGCGAAAAUGUUAUUUGCAAUUGUUCUACUUUUUGCGCUGUGCUUUUUACCGAAUCAUCUUUUGAAUAUAUUGCGGUAUGCUGGUGCUUUGGAUAAUGUGGAGAACGCCAAAACCUUCGCCCUUGUUGCUCAUCUUGCUAUAUUUCUUAACAGCUGUCUGAAUCCAAUAAUUUAUAACUUUAUGAGUGACAAGUUCCGGAAGGCAUUCCGUCAAGUUUUGAGGGCCUGCCUUCAUUGCCGCUGCAAGAAGGCCCGGGGCACAUUCAGGAUGAGCGACGGCUACAAAGUCACCUUCACAAGGGGCGAGAUACAGGAACAAAACAGUCUUCGUCUUCAGGAGUAUAGUUGUGCUGUGGCAAACAACAGCAGUCUGAUCAUUUCAGACCAACUUUAGGGUCAACAACCCAAGUGAACUGUUUGGUACCUAGGUACUUGCUAAUUGUUUGUCGCACCAUCUACCCAUCAGUCACUACCCUUAUAUAUAUAUGUGUGUAUAUAACAGAUACAUUUACUCAUAUAUAAACUAUUUUCACUUAACAAUCCAUAUUAAACGCUUAUCAUUCGCAAGACUUUAGGAAAUAUUUUCUAUAACAUUAUAUCAUUGUGUGUAUGUUCCAUUAAAACUAAUUGUGCAGAUGUAAAAGUAUAUUUGUUCGCAAUCAAACUUGUUUUCCCAAUUUUGUUGUUUGUUAAUCCUGUUUAUUUUGAAAUUAUUCUUGAUUAAAAUUGGCAUCGUAAAUAGUACA